AUGAGCACCGCGUGAGUCAGAUCAGACGAGAGACGCCAUUUUCAGAAUUCGCGUUGUCAGAGUUGUACGACCUCUCCUCACAAUGUCGAGAAAUUCGAUAAAAAUCGAGAAAAUGCAGGAUAAUAAGGGGAAGGGAGACACAGACGCACGACAGAAGAACGAACCCAUCAUGUCGCCGGAGUUGAAGGAGCCUUUGAUGAAGAAAAACGAGAAGAAAUUCACGGGAAGAUGCCGGCUCUUUGUUGGAAAUCUCACUCCAGAUACCAGCGAAGAAGAUUUUGUAAAGCUGUUUCAGACAUAUGGGGAGGUGUCCGAGAUAUUCCUGCGGGCCGCCCAAGGGUACGGAUUACUCAAGAUGGACACCAGGUAUCACGCCGAAGUCGCCAAAUCCGACCUGGACGGCACCAUGCGGAAGGGCAAGCAGCUUCGCGUCCGGUUCGCCACGCACGGAGCGGCCCUCAAAGUCACCAACCUCUCCCCCCACGUCUCCAACGAACUCCUGGAGCAGGCCUUCACCCAGUUUGGGGAGGUCGAGCGUGCGGUUGUCAUCGUCGACGAUAGGGGGCGCCCCACUGGAGAGGGUAUCGUUGAGUUUGCCAGAAAGCCGGGAGCGACAAACGCCAUCAAGAGGAUCUCGGAAGGCUGCUUCUGCCUCACAGCGACACCCAAGCCAAUCCUUGUGGAACCACUAGAACAGAAGGAUGAGGAGGAUGGUCUGCAAGAGAAACACAUUGCCAGAAAUGCCAACUACACACGUGAACGUGAGGUUCAGCCGAGGUUCAUCAACCCGUCCACGUUUGAGUUCGACAUGUCUCAGCGCUGGAAGCAGCUGUAUGAGAUGGAGAAACAGCAGCGGGACGACCUGGAGAAACGCAUCCUUGUGGCACGGGAGAAGCUGGAGGAAGAAAUGCAGUCUGCCAUCCACGAACACCAGGCGAACCUCAUGCGCCAGGACCUGAUGCGCCGACAGGAAGAGCUGCGUAGGCUGGAGGAGAUGCGCCGUCAGGACGAAAUGCGGCGUCGGGAAUCCGAGAUGAGACGCCAGGAAGAGGUUCGCCAGCGAGAGGAGAUGGUGCAGAUGAGGUCGGUCGGGAGGCGUCAGGACGAGGUGCGACGUCAGGAUGAGAUGCGGCGGGAAGAGAUGCUUCGUCAGCAGCAGGAGGAGGCCAUGCGCCGUCGCCAGGCCGACGACCUCAGGCUACAGAGAGAGCAGGCCAUGCGCCAGGAUGACAUGAGGAAGCAAUACAUGAUCCAGCAAGAAGCUAUCCGUACUAUGGGCGGAGGCCCAGGCACUCCUGGCGGUUCUGGUGGCAACAGUGGCGGUAACUUUGGUGGGCCGGGCGGCCCCGGCGGCCCGUCUGGACCUGGUGGUCCCGGGGGUCCCGGCGGCCCUGGCAACAUGGGCAACAACGGACCCAUGGGAUCCGGAGGACACAUGGGACAGGGCGGCGGCCACAUGGGGCAAGGAGGGGGCCAUAUGGGCCAGGGUGGACCCAUGGGCGGUGGCGGAAUGGGCCAGUCUCCGGGAGGUGGUAACAUGCAGCGUCAGAGCCGGUUUGACCAGCCCCCACCGGGCAUGGGUGGUCCAGGCGGUGGCAUGAGCCCCAUGGGAGGGGGUGGGAUGGGACCCGGGGGUCCCCGAGGGGGUGCAGGCCCCAGCCCUGGCCCGGGACCCAGGGGAAUGGGCGACAUGGGGGGUCCGCGAGGUCCAGGCGGGAUGGGGAGUCCCGGGAUGGGCGGCAUGCGACGCCCGAUGAUGGACCAGGGACCUCCAGACUACGACAUGAAACGCCGUCGCUACUAAACACUUAUCUAACGUCACGUGCAUUUCUACUCUAAGCUAAUAUUAGAUGUAUACAUAGAUAGAUGAUGGCUACCCUAAACCUCUAUAUUAUCUUGAAGUUCGGUUGGUUUGAAGAAGGCUGGGGGCUGUUUGGAGAAAGGAGGGGUUGAAAAGAGAAAGUUUUCUUUUUGCUGUAAAUACUAGACAUUCCGUUAUUCUGUGCCUGUCUUUGUGGCCAAACUUUCAGUUAGGUAUUUUUGAAAAGAUUUACUGAAAUUUCUGAAUAAGCAGUGCACUCUAAAUUUGAUAACAAGCAGCACCCUGGAUGUUCUAGGUUGCCCCAGGUUGAAAAGUGAAGCGUAGACGUAUGUUGUGUUCUUUUAGACCCUAAAUCAUGCUACUCAAGAAGUUGUGACUUUGUGAUUACUAGUAUAAUAACAACAACAACAUCACUGCUUAUAGUCAGCAGGUGUGAAGAACAUGUGGUGUCUUUUACUUCUAUAUUGUAGAAUGUUGUGUACAAAUAAUCAGCGAACGUGUCAUGUUAAAUGUUGACCGUAUCAUGUUAGGUGUUGACGAAGAUUUUCAUGAGUACCAUUAAAAGAUGUCUGUCAUAAAAUUCA